GGUGAAUAUUUGAAUUGCAUUUUCAUUGGCGUCUGCGCCAUCUACAACCGAACACUGUACAUUAAGGGGAGGAAUUAGGAGAAUGUUUUCAUUCGUGUAUUCCCUCGGAUUUGCCUGCAAUGUUUACGGAAAAUAGUACGCAACACAUAUCAAUCAAAUUACACGACAAAAGUCCGACUAUUUCCAAUAGAAUGCAAACCUUGGGGACGUGCGGAAGCUUGAAGGAAUUGGUUGAUUCUAUCGCUUUGAGUUCAUCCCUGGCAACCCACGUGUAGAGUCAUUGACAGCCAGUGCGGAUAGUUAAAUUGCGUUACAUAAAGUGUGUAAAUCCCUGCAUUCCCAGUGAAACCCGGAGAAUGUGUUAUGAAAUCGGACACUAACCUUGACCUGAGACCCCAGUGGAAGUGAAGCAUGUGAGGAAUAGUGCCAUGGGUGAGAAGAAUUGGAAAAAUGCCGCCGCCGGAGCGAGUUCUGGAGCGAUAACGCGGUUUCUAUGUCAGCCUCUGGACGUCCUGAAGAUCCGCUUCCAGGUUCAGGUGGAGCCACUGAGCCGGAAGCACCACACGUCCAAGUACAAGUCCAUUGUCCACGCCAUAUCUGUGAUAUAUCGCGAGGAGGGCGUCCGUGGGCUGUGGAAGGGCCACAAUCCCGCCCAAGUGCUCUCCAUCGGCUACGGAAUCACGCAAUUCACGGUGUACGAGCGAAUGAACAGUAGCGCAGAGACGAGGCCGUUUUUCCGGAGGCACAAGCAGCUGAAGAACUUCUGUUGUGGCGGAAUUGCCGGCGCCAGUGCAGCCUUCGUCUCCACGCCGCUGGAUGUCAUCCGGACGAGAUUGAUUGUGCAGGACGCUGGCCAUGGAUACAGCAACUCCUUCCAGGCUGUCGGGACUAUUCUGAAGAAGGAUGGCAUAAGGGGAUUGUACCGUGGAUUCGGACCAUCUUUGCUGCAAAUCACUCCCUUGGCAGGGUCGAAUUUUAUGUUCUACAAAUUCUACUGUGGCUUAUUGCAAAACGUCCUGGGCUUGGAAUCUCACAGUGAUCUUCCAACCUGGGGCCUCCUGAUGAUGGGCAGCCUCACGGGAUUCUCAUCCAGAGCGCUCGUCUAUCCGCUGGAUGUGGUGAAGAAGCGCUUGCAGAUUCAGGGCUUCUCUCAGCAUCACCAGACCUUCGGGAAGCACUUCGAGUGCGAGGGAUUCUUCCAGUGUGUCAUCCGGACAGUGAAGUCCGAGGGAUUCCUUGGGCUCUACAAAGGCAUUGUGCCGAGCAUGCUCAAGUCUGGCAUCACAACAGCCCUGAACUUCUGCAUUUACGACGAGACGAAGAAGCUCCUGUCAAAAGUCUAGGAGGCGAAUUGGAUAUACUCUAGGCUAGAGACCCUCCGCUCUAGGCACAGCAAAAGUGGAAAAUCUGUGAUUUAUCAUUGAGAAACACCAAAAUACAAAUGAACAAUUAUACCUGUAGACCAAUUAGGCUAUCAAGAGAUGUGUCGCGAGGCGCGGGUGAAGAGCCCAAAAGUGAAAUGAUGGCAUCAUCCCGAAUCGGCUGAAAUGUGAAUGAACGAAUGUGUCUGAUUAUGCUGCAAAAUGACAACGUGAAGGCAAAUCUUAAUUAAAUAACAGCAUACGGAUGAUGCCAUCUUGGGGGGAGGAAUUUUUAGCAAAGUAAUGAACAUGUGUGUUUGUGACUUUUUGCCAAUUGCACGACGCUUUCGCGAGGAGCCCUUUGAAAAA